AUGGACCACUCCCUAGUAAGCUGCAAAGUGAGACUGACAGCCAAGAAAAUACACCACUCCAAAACCAAGGGCCUCCCUUGCAUCAACACCUGUCACUCCAAUGACCCUGAGACCUCUCGCCGCUUCCAAACCAUCUUUAGCGCGAAGGUCAACACAUCCUCCUUAAGUGCCACUGACAUCGACAGUAGAUGGCACCACCUCCAUGAUGCCAUAUACACCUCAGCCCUUACUGCAUUCAGGAAGAAGUAUCGUCAAAAUGCGAACUGGUACACAGCUCACUGGGAUGAGAUGCAACCAGUUUCUAAAGCCAAGAGACAAGCACUCCUGACCUACAAGCAAAACCCUUGCAUCAGUACCCGCGAUGCCAUCAGAGCUGCUCACAGCAAGGCCCAACAGACUGCACGCCACUGCGCCAACAACUACUGGCGGAACCUAUACAGUAUGAUCGAGAUGGCUGCCAACAGUGGAAAUGCAAGAGGCUUGUACGCUGGCAUCAAAACCACCCCCAGUCCCACUCCCAUCAAGACGACUCCACUGAAGUCCAAGGCACUAGAGAUUACAGACCAGGGCAAGCAGCUGAAGCACUGGGUGGAGCACUAG